AUGCACCGCAAAAACCCCAUCAGCGUCCUCGUCUACAACGCCCUCUUCCCUACGCCCUCGCCUACCGAUCCACCAUCUUUCAGCGCACAUCUCUCCAAAAACCUCGUCGGCGAAGUACGCAUCGAAACAGCAAACUUCUACGGCUCGCUCGACACAAUCGAAGCGCGCUACCCAGGGCUCAACUAUGCCUUUGCCCCCCACCGAAAACGCCUGGGCAGGUUCCCACACCACAGACGGCUGUUUGAGGCAUUUGAUCGCCUGGGAUUGACCGAGGCCGAAAUACAAGGCUUCUGUAGGUGGGAAGGAACGCUGUGGGCGCGAGAGAGGUAUGAGCGGGAUGAAGGCGUCAGCGUGGUCGACACAACGGGUGUAGAGAUUGGAGAGUGGGUGGAUCGGAGACGGCAGCCCAAGAUUGCCCAAGGCAUCAAUGUGAAGACGGACAUUGAAGUCGAGAUUGAGGAGGUACCCACGAGCGGAGCCGCAGUGGCGGCUCAUUCACGGCACCCGCACCUCUCCUCGAGUGUGGGCUUCUCCCUCAACGCACGCCUGCUCCACGCCGCCGCCCUGCGCGAACAGGCAAACGACCUAAGCAGCGCUACCAACAUCCCCAUGGACCCAGAGUGGGAGCAAUAUCUCAAAGAAGCACAAGAGCGCGGGGAGCUCAACAUUGACGCAACGCGCGAAGCACUACGCAGCAUGGCAGGACAGAUUGCGCAGCUGCAUCAGACGCAGGUCGAUGCUGAGGGUAGUGGUAGUGUAGGCGUGGACAGGCAGGCAGCCGCACCGGCUUAG